UAAAAUGAACAAUGAAAUGAAAAAGUACAAUGUUUCUCUUUGAAUUAUAGGGAGAGGUACAAUAGUAAAAGUAGUAAGAGUUUUACUCAAAAUAAAUAAAUCUGCCACCAGUCUCAGGCAGAGCAUAGAACCAUGAGAUCAGAGGAUAGAACCCUCAGGUCAGAGCUUAGAACCCUGAGAUCAGAACAUAGAACUUUGAGAUAAGACUAUAGAACCCUAAGAUCAGAACAUAGAAAUCUGAGAUCAGUGCAUAUGACCUUGAGGUCAGGCGUAGAACAGUGAGAUCAGAGCAUAGAACCUUGAGGUCAGGCAUAGAACCCUGAGAUCAGAGCAUAGAACCUUGAGGUCAGGCAUAGCACCCUGAGAUCAGAGAACCAUGAGGUCAGCGCAUAGAACCCUGAGUUCAGAGCAUCCUGUGAUCAGAGAACCCUGAGGUCAGAGCAGAGAAACCUGUGAUCAGAGAACCCUGAGGUCAGAGAAUAUACCUCAAGGUUCUAUGCUCUAAUCUCAGAUCUCUCUGAACCCUGAAUUCUUUUAUUUAGGUUGGUCUCCAUAUUUGGGCAUUUCCUUCUGCGAUAAGCGCCCUCCUGACCAAUGAAGUUGCAGGUAUUGAUUCUACGAGCCAAUGCCAACGCUCUGGCCAGUUGGACUUCCGGGUUUGGUUUGUUGUGCUUUUCUGCAUCGAUCAUGGCUGCAGAGGGCGAUUUUCUGGCGAGAUACCGUUCCGUUUCAAAUAAACUGAAAAAACGUUUCCUCCGGAAGCCCAAUGUAGCAGAGGCGAGUGAGCAAUUUGGUCAGUUAGCUAAGGAGCUGAAGCAGCAGGACUGCCUGCAGUAUGCCGCCUUCUGUAACCUGGCAAUGGCUCGGUGUGAGCAGACCCUCUUCAACGCGCCUGGAGAGGCUCUGGCGUUAACCGAUGCCGCCCGCCUCUUUCUCUCGUCUGAGAAGGAGAACCGGGCGCUGCAAGCCCCGGGCUUUGACGAGCACCUUCAAGCGGCUCUCAACUGCUACAGUUUUGCCGUCAAGGUGCACAUUGAGAUGAACCAGCCUGUGAUGGCGGCCAGCCUGUGUCUCGAACUUGGCAACGCUCUCAAGGAGAUGAACAGACCAGGAGAGGCCAUCGUUCACUUCCAGAGGGCUGCCGAGCUGCAAACGCAGAUGCCAGUUGAAGCUCUGCUGUCAAUGGGAGAAAUGGCCACGUGUAAAAUUCUCACCCGUGACUACGACGGUGCUCUGUCGGUGUUCACAGAGAUGCAGCUGACGUGCCAGGAGAGAGGCCUGCAGCUACCGGGCAUCAACACCCCCGUUGGGGCAUUUUUGGACAUUGUCGCAAAAUGUGAAAUAUCCAGAGUUCUACUGCUGAUGUUGCUUGAGCCCCCCCCACAGAAGUUGUUACCAGAACAUGCCCAGACCCUGGAGAGAUACGCAUGGGAGUCUUUUGACCCUCACAGCCAAGUGACCUUCCUGCCUGAGAAUGUUUUCCUGCUCCUGCAGUCCGUAGUGAUGGCGUGUCAGGAGAAAGACACAGAGUCCCUCAAGUCUCUUCAGACUGAGCUUUGGCCGUUUCUGACUGCAGAGCAGAAUCAUCUCCUCCACCUGGUGGUUCAGGAGCGCAUCACGCCGUCUGGACAAGGCAUUUAGUCUGAAGGUUUUACUCACUUCCUCUGGGAGCGACGCUUUAUAGAAUGGAACAUUCCUGUUUCUGACUGGGUCUGUUGUAAGGCCCGAGGACUUGUUGUUCUCAAAGCCUCAGUGUUGUAGCUUGCAUUUUGUUGUUGUUCUUUUUUAAUUGUAAUUCAAAUGAAUUUCGAAUGAAAUCUUGUGUGCACAGCUGGACCUAUGAAUACAUAUUUAUUAUGGAACAGUGACUUUUUGUUGCAUUUAAUAGAUGAAAGUUUAAUAGAUGAAACACAAAGGCCGUUGUUAUAAUUUGUUUUAUUAAAUGAUAUGGCUUGAAUUCCAAUGCAAUUACAAACAAAACCUUCUAUUGCAUAGUUUUGCAUUAUGGUAAAAUUAAACAACAUUGACCUCCAUCCUGGUUCACUGAAUUCUCACCUGUACACAUUGCAUGUACUUUUCUUAUGAUAGCAGCCAACUACAAACACAAAUUAAACAUAAAAGAAAUACAAAAUGUUACAAAAAUAUAAUGGUUACAAUGUACAUGGAUACAAAAUUAAAAAAAGGAAACACUAUUCUUCAGUUGUAAAAUGAGGAUACAUGAUUAAAACUACUUGUGCUGUAUAUUGAG